AUGACCCAAACUUUGCAAACUCCCUCCAAGGUAGCGGAAGGUAAAGAGGAUGCCAUCACUCAGCUCCUUCGUGCGGCUGAAGACAACCAUACCAAGCCUCUAUGGGCCCAGAUGACACGGCUAAACCCGCCUCUGCCGAACCCGCAGUGUAUUCCACAUGUUUGGAAAUAUAAUCAGAUCCGCCCGCAGCUUCUCCAGGCCGGAGAGCUCGUCACUGAGAAGCAAGCAGAACGCAGAGUUUUGAUGCUGGUCAAUCCCAAUCGAGAUGCCCCAUAUACCACUGAUACUAUCUACGGCGGGCUGCAGCUUGUCAUGCCUAAUGAGACUGCCCCCGCUCAUCGACACACAGCCUUUGCUUGCCGCUUCAUCAUUGAAGGACAGGGCGGGUUUACUGCUGUCCACGGCCAACGUAUCAAAAUGCAGAGGGGUGAUGUCAUUUUGACACCAACCUGGAACUGGCACGAUCACGGCAAGGACGGGUCCGGGCCCAUGAUCUGGCUCGAUGGGCUAGACCUGCCAAAUUUCAUGCACUUUCCCGUCCAUUUCGUCGAGCAUUAUAAUAGCCCCCGGUAUCCAGCCGAGGAUGUUGACUCAAACUCCUCGCCCAUCGUGUUUCCGUGUUAG